CUCUCAUACUUUAUCGAUAUGAAUUUGUCUAAAGCAUUGAAUUAACUCCGGCACCACCUAUACCUUCAAUCAUUGGUGCCAUCAACACAUUCCUUCCUAUUUUUCAACAAACAUCCUCAAAUCUAACAAUUUCAAAUACAGCAACUAGACAUGAAAUGCCUAUAAACUUGCAAUUUACAAACCCACUCUGCCUUAUUAUUCCCUUUCCUUUAGUUCUCCAUAAUUGGGGUAGCUUGGCCUAUUAAGAAAAGGCCAGACCUUUUCCUUUCUUUAUCUCCUCCAAAAUGAAAUGCUUCACUUUACCAAGAAAAUAAAGCUGCAACAAUACCAACUUUCUUUUUUGCCCCGCUCUCCCUCCCCUGCUUUUCUCCCUUUCUUUUUCCCCUGCUUUUUUCUCCCUUGGAUUCUUUCUUUCAACCUCCCCUGCUUUUCUUACCGUUCCACUCUGCUCAGCUGCCAGCAACUGAGUGAGAUCCUCACUCUACUUUGCUCUUUUGCUCCCUGCUCUGCUUUCCCGAUCUUUUUUACACCCAACACAGGAGAAAAAAGAACCAAAGAUGAAUAAAGGAGUCACCUUUUUAUAUUCCCUCCACCAUUGCAUUUCCCCUGUUUCUGAGCUCUCUGACACUCCAAUAAUUCCUCCAUUGGUGAAUGGCGAAGCUCCAUCUCCAUAUAAUUAACUAUACCCAUUAAAAAAGGAAACAAACCAAAUCCCCAGAACCUCAAUCAUGAGCUUCUUUCUUCUUCUGCUGCUGCUCUUCCUUCUGAGCUUCUCUUCCCGCCACUCAACUCAAGCUACUGACCUCAACUCUGACAGGGAAGCCCUCUUGGAGUUCGCCUCCUCUGUUCCCCACAUCAGGAAGCUCAACUGGAACGCCUCCCGACCCGUUUGCUCCACAUGGGUCGGCGUCUCCUGCAACCCGAACAAUACCCGCGUCGUCGCCGUUCGCCUCCCGGGGGUCGGGCUGUUCGGAAACCUCCCGCCGGACACACUCGGAAAGCUCGAUUCCCUCAAGGUGCUCAGCUUGAGGUCCAAUGGCCUCUUCGGCAGCAUCCCACCUGAUAUCGCUUCGAUUCCGUCGCUCAUGUACCUCUACCUGCAACACAACAACUUCUCCGGCGAAUUCCCCGGCGGAGAAAUCUCCCCCAAGUUGACCGCACUCGACCUUUCCUUCAAUUCCUUCUCCGGUCAAAUCCCGGGGUCGGUUCGGAACCUGACCCGCCUCACCGCUCUGUACCUCCAGAACAACUCCUUCUCCGGAGGCUUGCUGAAUCUCGAACCCUUGGAAAAUCUCAAGCUCCUGAACCUCAGCUUCAACUAUUUCAAUGGCGAGAUCCCUCCUUCGCUCCAGCGAUUCCCUUUCCGCUCCUACUUCGGCAACGCCUUGCUCUGCGGGCAGCCGCUCAAGCGCUGCUCGACGGCAGAUUCCUCUCUGCCUCUUCCACCUCCCCCUUCGUAUCAGCUCCCGUCGUCCAAUUCCACCGGGAAGAGGAAGCUGAGCAGGAAUUUCAUCGUCGCCGUGUCAAUUGCAGGGGCGGCGAUUCUUUUGAUGGCGGUUCUGGCGGCAGUGUUCCUCUGCCUCCGCCGCCGCCGUGGCGGCGUCGGAGGAAAAAGGAAAGGGAAAGGCGAAGGAGCGAAUAACCACGACAAAACGAAGUCGUUUGGGAGCGGAGUGCAAGGGGCGGAGAAGAACAAGCUCUUCUUCUUCGAAGCAAGUGGGCAUACUUUUGACCUGGAGGAUCUGCUGAGGGCGUCGGCGGAAGUUCUCGGGAAAGGCAGCUUCGGGACGACGUACAAGGCGGCGCUGGAGGACGGCCGGUGCGUGGUGGUGAAGCGGCUGAGGGAAGUCGUGGUGGUCGGGAAGAAGGAGUUUGAGUCGCAGAUGGAAGCCAUUGGGAAAGCUGAAGGCUCCCACCCUAAUGUCGUUCCCCUGAAAGCUUACUAUUACUCCAAAGACGAGAAGCUCUUGGUCUACAGCUACUUCCCCGCCGGCAGCUUCUCCUCCCUCUUGCACGGAAACAGAGGAGGCGGAGAAGGAAGCAGAACGCCGUUAGGUUGGGAACCAAGAAUGAAGAUAAUCAUCGGAGCGGCGAGAGGAAUCGCCCACAUUCACUCCCAAUUCGACGGCACGACCGCAACCUCAACCUCCACCGCCGGUGGUACCAAAUCCGUCCACGGAAACAUCAAAGCCUCCAACGUCCUCCUCACCGCCGACCUCGACGCCUGCAUCUCCGACGUGGGUCUGGCUCCGCUGAUGAACUUCCCGGCCACAAUGUCCCGAACCAUGGGGUACAGAGCUCCGGAGGUGAUCGAGACCCGGAAACCCAGCCAGAAAUCCGACGUGUACAGCUUCGGCGUCCUGCUGCUGGAAGCCCUGACGGGGAAAGCGCCGAUGAGAGGUCCCCCCGGCGGCGGCGGUGCUUACGACGAGGUGGUGGAUCUGCCGCGGUGGGUGAGGUCGGUGGUGAGGGAGGAGUGGACGGCGGAGGUUUUCGAUGCGGAGCUGGUGAGCAGCCGGAGCGUGGAGGAAGAUAUGGUGCAGAUGCUGCAGAUCGCUCUGGCUUGCGUGGCGAAGGGUCCCGAGAUGCGGCCCACCAUGGAUGAAGUGGUGAGGUUGAUUGAGGAGACUGUGAGACCCAAUUCCGCCGCCGGUGAGAGGAAGAGCGAGAGCGAGAACACCAACGAUGGCAGCAACAAUAGGAGGUCGUCUUCCGAGGUUGAGACGACGCCGCCGUCGAAUGUGCCGACGCCGUCGAAUGAGUGAUCGUUGAAGGAAGGAAAUGUAUGAUUUUGAUUGUAUGAUCAAUGUAUGUUUGGAGAGGUGGAAAAUUCCCGAUUUUCCUCUGUUCAUUAUGGAUUACCAGAAAGAUGUACGGGUCGUUUG